AUGAAGCUCGCUCUUCUUCUUUCCGCCGUGACCACCGCCUCAGCCUGGUCAGUAACAUUCCACGACCACGACCAAUGCGCCGGCGGUACGACAUUCCACUACGGUGGUGGCUCCAACACGGGAACCGAACACCUCGCCCAGUGCUUCACCAUGACGAGUAUCAACAAGAGCUUUGCCAAUUAUGACGCAAAGAGCGUCAACAUCGUCUUUGGAGGCUGCACAAUCGACAUUUUUACGGAUCGACUUACACGGCCCGGGCUUGCAGGUUGCGUGGCGUCCAUCAGCGAUCCUACCAACUGGCAGCGUAUCAAUCAGGUCCAGGACGGAUGUGUUCAAUUAUCGAGCUCCAAGCUUGGGAAGUGGCAAGCUUGGUCUGUGUCCUGCUGA